UCGCAGCCUCUAGCUCAUCCAGCACAGUCGCUUCAAAACCCACAGACCACCAACUCAAAAUGAAAUUCCUCAUUGUGUUCGCCCUGUUCGCCUGCGUGGCCGCCGAUGUGAGCCACCUGAGCAACGAGUACCUGCCCCCCAUCCAGAACUCGUACGCCGCCCCCUCGGUGAGCUACUCGGCCCCUGCCGUCCAGCAGACCUACUCCGCCCCUGCCGUCCAGCAGAGCUAUGUGGCGCCCAGCAACGAGUACCUGCCACCCGUGCAGUCCUACUCCGCUCCUGCCGUCCAGAGGACCUACUCCGCUCCCUCGGUGAGCUACUCCGCCCCGGCUGUGCAGAGGACCUACUCUGCUCCCUCGGUGAGCUACUCCGCUCCUUCCGUGAGCUACUCUGCUCCCUCGGUCAGCUACUCCGCUCCUGCUGUCCAGCAGUCGUACUCCGCUCCUGCCGUCAGCUACUCCGCUCCUGCCGUCCAGCAGUCCUACGCCGCUCCCUCGGUCAGCUAUGCUGCCCCCUCGGUGAGCUACUCCGCCCCCGCUGUCCAGCAGACGUACUCCGCCCCCUCGGUGAGCUACUCCGCCCCUGCCGUCCAGCAGUCGUACUCCGCCCCUGCCAUCAGCAGCUACUCCGCCCCCUCGGUGAGCUACUCCGCUCCCUCCGUGGAUGUGGGCACCCAGUACGCCUCCAACGGCGGCUAUGUCUACAGGAAGUAAGGAGUAAGCGGCUCCAGAGGCCUGCAACUGAAUCCGAAACAGUGUACAUACAUACAUACUCUGCCCCAAUUCACCAUCUUACCUUUUUUUUUGUUUUUACCUGUAUUGUAAACUUUGUUAACAAGCAAAAGUAAAAAGUCCAAUAAUCCGAACAAA